UGGGGAACUAAAAAAUCGAUCCGCCGCUGCUUUUCCCCAUCAGCUAUGUCUCUUUCGAUCUCUCUCACCUGCCAUUGCUUUCCAUCGUCCAGCGCGCCACCACCCCUUCCACGCUCCAGCGUGCCGCUGGCCCACACCACGCAUUGCUGCAGCCGGCCCACGCCCCUCCGCCGCGCGCCGCCACCGCCGGCCGCCUGCCCGUUCCCCAGUUCCUCCGGCUGUGCGAGGCACGGUGGCGGUGGGAGGAAAACUGGCGGAUCUGGGCGCGGCCUUGAGAGAUCUCGCGGCUGGUGCGGUAGCUUGCUACGAUGGCAGCGACUUGUACCUCAACAACCGUCACGACGGAGCUGCCACCACAGCUCGAGAGAGGAGGGCGUUGCCGGAGACAAGGGCCGCCUGCACGAGUCAGGCCCGCUAUCGGCGGCAGCGCCCGCGUCCACACCCUGGCCAGCGGCAACACGAGCACCAAGGUUGGGCUGUGUCCCCAUGGUGCGUGUUGAUGUCCAUGUGCAGCACACGCCGGAAGCGGGCGAGGAGUUGGUUGAUGGCGAGAACGAUGUCGUUGACAUAGCUGAAGCUGUUGGCGUGGCCAGGGCAUGCAUGGUGCAUGCCGCCGGACCAAUUUACUCGCCGCCGCCGAGCGCGCACGCCACGGCCAGCGACCCGCCGGCGUAGGUCAGGCAUUACCCUAGGAGGUUGUCGAUGAUAGGGUUGUUGUUCGAGCAGGCGCCGUCCUGGCGGCGCAUGGUGCCGAUGUCAUGCUCCUCGGCAGUUCGGUGGAGAUCGUCGUCGCUGAUAUACCCGCCGGGUUGAGGUUGCAGAGGAGGUCGACGUAUUUCUGGUCGUGAAACACAAGCGGCUCCUCCGGCCUGGCCGGCAUGGUGAGGAGGUGACUCAUGUCUUUGAGGAGACCGUCGGAGGCGACGAGGCCGUGGGUCAUCGUGAUGCGGUGGAGCACCAUGACGUGUCCCUCGCCGUAGUCGAUGUUGGAGAUGCAUGGGUCGUAGUAGUACGUGGCUGCCCUUAUCUCCUUGUGUGUCUUCGUAAGUUCGUAGUUAAGCCUUGAAGCUCUCUCCUCCAGGUCUCACAUGUCUAGAUGGGCCAGUCGGGAAUGAGUUUGAUCUACUCAAUUUAGUUGUCUUGAUUGAUUGAAGCGUUAUCACACCAAAGUGAACUAGCUAACAAAUCUUUCUCACGGUUGUGGAUAUAGUGGAGGAGGUGGCACAUGGCGCCAUCAGUUUGAAGCGGACCAGAGACGUUCCCCUUGUUGGGCAGGUUGCUGGGUGGAGGAACUCGCAGGCACGUUUCGAGUUCAGCUGUCGCCUAAGCAGCACUACUACCUACAGGUCCAAGGUUUGCCGAAGCACUACUUACAUUGAUUAGGUUUUUGAAGAGCCAUCGCUUCUUGACACCUACACCUACUCGCCAAUAGCAACAGCCUCUGUGUCACUACUCACCAACGUGCUGAACGCUAAGAGUUUGAUUAUUAAUCUGUGUGUGCUUUUGUUAUAGGCAGUGCUUCUCUUGAA